AUGGUGGAUCAGCUGGUCAGACCGGCGCUCGAGCACCUCGCCUCGCGCCUCAAGGCGUCGCCCGCAGUCAGGGACGCAAUGAAGGAAAAGGCUGUCAAGCGGCCGUUGAUGAUCCUCGCCAUCGACGAGUGCAUGCUGCUGGAGCAAUACAACAAGAGCAUCACGGUCGACGUAUUCCGCCGCUGCAUGCAGCUCAUCGGGAACCGCCUCCAUUCGGUCGAGAUUACUCUGUGGCUGCUGCUCCUCGACACGUCGAGCGCAGUGGGCGGCGUCAUUUCGCCCGGGUACGGAGGGGGGUCAGCAAGGGCCAAACAGUUGGCUUCCAUACCACCCUUUCUUCCCAUUGGAUUCGACACCCAUGCGGACACGCACCGCCCGGUCUCGCGGCCGAGGGACGCCCUCCUCCUCGACGCCCUCAAGCGCUACGGUCGACCGUUGUGGAACGACUAUGAUGUCGAGGACCUCCUCGAGAUGGCCAUUCGGAAGCUGCGCUGCGGCGAUCCGGCCAAGCCUGCAAGAGCCCUGUCGGACGUCAUAACGGCCGAGGAGGUCCGAGCGAUCGCCGCGUUGUCGCACCGCAUCUGCUUGGACAUCGUCCCCCUGCGCAGCGACGGCAACUGCUGGGCCAUUUCAAAGGACUCGGUCAACAAGCACAUGCGCUACAUCACGCACUUUCUGGGCGACAAGAUGAUUGCAACCCGCGCCCCGAGCGAGCCGGUCCUAGCCCUGGCCGCUUGGCUGCUCCUUGCAGCGCCCGAAGCGACACAUGGAGCAGCGUGGACGUACAAGACGAUCCUGUCAAUCAUCGAAAGUCGCCUCAUGUUCCGCUCGUCGAUCAAUCUCAAAGGUGUUCACGGCGAGUUUCUGGCACGGCUGCUGCUCGUCAUGGCCCACGACGCUUGCGAUGCGCUCGUCAAGGCCCGCGCCACGCACGCGACCCGACCGACUGGACCUGCGGAGCUCACGGCCAUUCCUGCCGUCAAUCUGAGCUCGUUCCUCGAGUCGCUGCUCGGGCCCGCAUGUGGCCAGACGGCGCUCCCGCAGCUUCGGCCGAUUGUCGACACCUCGCACGUUCCGCGGCCCUGGACGUCACCGCAAGACGGCCCAGCCAGGGGCCAGGCACAGUCAGGACUGGCCCCGGACGCAAUGGACGAGGAUCGAGACAGCGCCGAGAGUUCACCGUCGCCGCGGCCCGGUGCUUCCGAGCGCGGCGCGUUGCCGGACCUCGGGAGCGACGUCUGGCUCAACUUUACCCACAUGGCGGUGCUCGAGGACAAGGUGGAAGUCUUUUGGCCACACUUCUUGUGGGACUGCUGGAAGCGCGGAUUGGCGCUGCAGUGCGGCCCUGGCCAGGACGGAGUGGACGGCAUCCUGCCCGUCUACCUCGGAUCUCUCGACGAUGCGCUGGACUACGAGGAUCAGGCUGCGAGCCGGAUGUCGUACAUCGCGUGGCAAGCCAAGAACAGGACGGAGCCCUGCCACAGUAGGGUGUGCCUUCACGGGCCGGGCAUAGCCUCCCUUCCUCGGAUGCAGCAGCAUCUACGGCAGCAGCAGCAACAGCAGCACAGCGGAGAGACGGCGGGGUCGGACCCGGACAUCAAGGACGUCGGCAUCCUUGCGCCGCUCUUUACGAUUCUCUUUGAUCUCGGCACGACGGUUUCGUUCAGCGACUCGCCGUGCGCCCCCAUCUCGAAGCAGGUCAAGGUGGUCAGCGAGACGUGCACCUCGUCCGGCCCCGCCCACGAUGGACACUACCCGUCGCUGCGCAUCCGUGGAUGCGACGGCGACGUCUUGCCGUUCCUGAAGCGCUUUGACUGCGCCGACAUUGUCGCGAGCAUGGCGCAACAGCAGCGAUGGGGACGGUUAGAUUUGCCCAGGGACCACGGUCCUCUAUUCCCCGGCGAAAACGUCAGGGAGACGGCGGAUGCGCGGUUGCCCUUAGGGCAGCUCACGGCGGCUGCGCGGUCGCUCUCGGAGGGGCACCAACACACCCAGGCCGAACGCGACAACAUCGCCAGUCGUGUGCUUCGGCGGGGACGUUGGGCUGCCGUGGCCUUGGCCUUGGAAGGUGACGGCGGCGCCAGUUAG